AUGCCAGAAUUACUUCCAAUACCUAAAGAAGAACUGAUCAAGAUACCUGUUGAUUGUUACACCAGAGUUGUUCGUAUCAAAAAAGGUGAUUGUUUUGAUACAAAAGAAGACUUGAAGAUAGCUCUAUAUACGAAAUGUGUGGAAGAUGACUACCAACUAGUUGUUUCAAGAUCAGAUAAACAUCGUUUUGAAACAAAGUGUAAAAUUGAUCAAAAAGGUUGUACGUGGCGUAUGAUGUCAAGGAGGGUAAAAAAUUGUGAAAUGUUUCAAGUCACUACAUUCAUUGAUCAACAUACUUGUUCAAGAACCCAACUUUAUCCUCACCAUAGACAGGCAAACAAAAAGGUGUUGGGUGGAUUUUUGGCGGAGUUAAUGUUUGUGAAAGGAAGGGUAUAUAAGGGUCAUGAGAUUAUGACUGACAUAAAUGCCCGGUUCAAGAUUAAUAUCUCAUAUUCUCAAGCUUGGAGAGCCAAGUGUUAUGCCUUGGAACUGUUGAGGGGGUCACCAGAAGCAUCGUUUGCCCAACUUCCAGCUUAUUGUCACAAUUUAAAGUUGAAAAAUCCCGGGUCGGUAACUCAUAUCAAAACAGAUAGAGAUGGACGUUUUGAGUUGUUGUUUAUCGCCAUUGGUGCAGCGAUACGUUCGUUUGUUUCUUUCUUGCGGCCAGUUAUUAUAGUUGAUGCGGCACAUCUAAAAGGUCGAUAUCUUGGAACGAACUUAUUAGCAGUAGGCAUGGAUGCUAAUAAUGGGAUACUACCAAUAACUUAUGGGGUUGGCAAAUCUGAAACCUCUGAUUCGUGGACAUGGUUUAUGGGGCAUCUUAGAGAUUGCAUGGGUACGGUUAGCAAUUUGACAAUCAUAUCCGAUAGGGCAAACUUAAUUAAUAUGGCUAUUAGAAGGUGUUUUCCAGAUGCUUUUCAUGGACUUUGUGCUGUUCAUUUGUAUAAAAAUCUAAAAUCAAGGUCUCCUGGUAUUAAACAUCACCAAUGGACAUACUGGAAAGCGGUGAAAGCUUAUCGAGAAGUGGAUUUUAAUAGGCAUAUAAAUCGUUUGAGACAUGUUAUGCCCGAGUCUGCCCAAACACUAGAAGCUAUUGGGUUUGAAAGAUGGUCAAGAGUGCACACUCUUGGAGCAAGCUAUGGUUUCAUGACAUCUAAUAGUGCAGAAUCAAUCAACUCUCUAAGUCGCCAUUCAAGGAAAUUACCCAUAACUAUGUUAAUGGAGUUUUUCCGCGCAUCUCUGCAAGAGUGGUAUUAUAGGAAAAGAAAUGUUGCAGAAUCAUUGGAACGUCGUGUUACACCAUGGACCGAAAAAAAGAUUGCAAAACGUGUUGUGAAGUCAACUUCUUGGAGAGUUGAACCAUGUUCAAACACAUUUUUUGAAGUUAUAGAUCAUAAUUUGAAUGGGCUUGUCGAUCUAGAUGCAAAGACGUGUACUUGUGGAAAAUGGCAAACUUCUAGUUUUCCAUGUGGUCAUGUUAUAAAAGUUGCUCUUCAUCUAAACCAAGAUGAUUCAAGUGUAUACACUAUGGAGUGUUACACUUCGGAAACAUAUCGUCAAACGUAUGCCGAGAUUGUCUAUCCCAUACCACAUCCAUCUGAAUGGGAGAUACCUGAUGACUUACAAACAGUUUUGCCACCGGUUAUGGACAGAAGACUGCCUGGCCGCCCCAAAAAUUGUGAUCGUAUUCCGUCUAAGGGUGAGGAGAAGAAAAACCCGACUUGUAGUCGUUGUAAGGAAUGUGGUCAUACAAGGAUGACAUAUGGAGCACUGAUGCCAUCACAAACAUCUUUUCCUCCACCCACAGAAUAUGGAUCUUCGUCAAAAUCAAAAGUUCAUUCGGCGGUUCCUGUGGAAGGGGAGGUACCCGUGGAAUGGGAGGUGCCUGUGGAAGGGGAGGCGCCUGUGGAACGGGAGGUGCUUGUGGAACGGGAGGUGCCUCAGAAGUAG